AUGUUGUCCCCUUCCUACCUCUUGUCGUACGCCGCCCUCGUGGCUCUUGCCAGGGCUCACGGUGUUAUUCUGGCCGCUGUGGGUGAAGCCGGCUCGCCAACCAGUAUAGGCUUCCAGGUCGACCAGGCCCUUGCCAGGAACUGCACCACCAUCAACCCCUGUCAGCAAGAUGCCACACUCAUCCGCGAUGCCGAGAUCGCAGCAAAUAUUGUCAACGAGUGUGGAAGGACAGAAUUGACUGGAAACAUCGACAUCGGCGAGAACACGGAGAAUGCAAUUGCUGCAAAUGCCGUAACCCAAGUCAAGGCCGGCACUCGUAUGACGGUCACCAUCCACCAGGUCAACGCUGAUGGAGCUGGUCCUUACGCCUGUGACCUCGUCUCAGCUGGUAACAAUGGCAUCAUCACCGCCAACCUCUCCGUGGAGAACAAUGUUCCGGGUGUCAACGGUUUCUCGCAAGCCAAGGCCCAGGAUUUCAACGUCACCGUCAUCAUGCCCGACACCUUCCCUGCCUGCACCGGAUCUUCCCUCGGCAAUGUCUGUACCGUGCGUUGCCGUAACAAUGCCCAGGCCGGCCCCUUCGGUGGCUGUUUCCCGGUCCAGCAGGUCGACACCGUUGCCAGCGUGAACACGCCGGCCAACAUUCCGACUGCUUCGAACCUCAAGGCUGUCGCAGCUCAGGUUGCGGUAGAUCAGAAGGACCUGGCUGUCGCUAUUGAGGCGAACCAGAAUGCCGGUACCGCCGAUGCCCUCGCCAACGCUGAGAACGUCAACAAGAUCCUGGGAAUCAGCAUUGCCAGUGGUACCUUCCCUACCCUGACUCCCACUGUUGAGAACAACGCCGUCGCUACCGCCACUGCUGCCACAACGGCGGCAGAUGCCGCCGCGUCGACCAGCUCGGCCGCGGCUGCAGCCACCACGACCGCAUCGGGCAGGAAGAGCAAGGGCAACAAGAACAACGGCAACAACAAUGGCAAUGCCAACGGCAACAACAACAACAACGCUGCUAACAAUAACAACAACAAGCGCGGUCUGCGGUUCGCCCGUCGCUCGGAUUAG